UUCAAAGCUUUUACAAAACCUCAAAUGUUCUCUGUUUGUCCCUAUUUAUGCAACAAAAAAUAAUAAUGGUGCAUAAGAUCAUGGUUAUAUUAAACUACUUUAUUUGUUUUGUGUUAAUGUUAACUAUAAGGCCAUGUGAAGGGAAAGUGCAGUUACCAAAUAACGUUGUUGUAAAAGCAGUAUUUGCAUUUGGAGAUUCAAUUGUUGAUCAAGGAAAUAAUAAUUAUAUUCCAACUAUAGCAAAGUGUAAUUUUCCACCUUAUGGUAAAGAUUUCAAUGGUGGAAUUCCAACCGGAAGAUUCUGCAACGGCAAGACGCCACCAGACUUGAUAGUUGAAGAAUUGGGGAUAAAAGAGUAUGUACCAGCUUACCUAGAUUCAAAUUUGAGAAGUGAAGAUCUCAAGACUGGAGUAAGCUUUGCAUCUGGUGGUAGUGGAUAUGAUCCUCUAACAUCUACCCUAGCGCCAGCUAUACCUUUAUCAACACAAUUAAAUCAAUUCAAAGAGUAUAUUGGGAAGCUAGAAGGAUUAGUUGGAGGAGAAGAAGCCAACUAUAUUUUAAAAAAUAGCCUAUUUUUGGUGGUUGUUGGAAGUGAUGAUCUUGCAAAUACAUAUUUCACUCUUGGAGUUCAAUUAAAGCAGGAUAUUGACUCAUAUACUGAUCUCAUGGUGGCCAAAGCUACUGAAUUUCUCCAAGAAUUAUACAACUUGGGAGCAAGAAAAAUUGGGAUAUUUGGAAUUCCUCCAAUAGGAUGUUUGCCAUCACAGAGAACAUUGGCUGGUGGGCCAAAUAGAGGAUGUGUUAAGGAAUACAAUGAAGCAGCCCAAUUGGCUAACACAAAAUUCUCAAUUGGCAUUGAUUCACUAUCCAAAAAAUUGGCCCAAUCCAAACUUGUGUUGAUAGAUAUCUAUAAUCCUUUUCUUGAUAUCAUUGUCAACCCUCAAAAAUAUGGAUUAGAAGAAGUAGAGAAAGGGUGUUGUGGCACAGGAAAUAUAGAGGUGACAAUAUUAUGCAAUAAAUUCAGUGGAACAUGUGAAGAUGAUACAAAAUAUUUAUUUUGGGAUAGUUAUCAUCCAACUGAGAAAGGUUACAGGAUUCUUGUUGAUCAAAUCUUGAAAAAAUAUGUCAACAGAUUUUUGUAGAUGAUGAGCUCAAAUCAAGAUCAAGAUUAUGUAUCACCAAAUCUGUAUAAUUUGGAUCAAACUUUUUUCUGUUCAAUUAAUAGUUCAUUUAUGCAUAUCCAAGUGUUUAGGUUGGAAUUUAAUAAAAAAAUAUUGUUCAUGACAAA